GCCCGUCCCCUCUCCUGAAUGAAGAAUCCGCUAUCCUAUUCAAUUGUGUAAUCGGUGUUGUCGAAUUUAGCAACAUUGUUUCCUUAUGUAGACAAAGGGCCUUCAACCCGAUAACUUUACUCAAAUAUGGUCACAAUAACAUAACAUUGACACCUUAUUCUCAGUCUUUCGGUACGUUGGCUUCAAGGUAAAGAUAUGGAAAAACAGCCGAGGUUGUUGUCAUCGCAGCUCUUACUGAAAAACGCCGUCUUCGAAGUGUCGUUAAACCGUGUGUUUAUGACAUGGAAAGAGCAGCCCACCACCAAGAAAAAACGCGUCUCCGCAGGCUUGCAUCAUCCCUUCAAAGUCGGUUUCUGUCUUUCUAAGUUUCGUCACAGACGCAAAGGAGAGCCAGAGCCAAAAGCAAGCCCCCCCUCCCUCCUCCCCCUCCAGUUUGGUAUAACUGCCCUUGGUACCUGUCACACUGUAGCAGUGUCAGAGAUUGUAGCAGUGCGGGAGCUCGACGUAGAGAACGGUGCCACUAAAGAUGACGGGAGGUGGCAGAAAAUGCCUCAGAAGCCGCUGGAAGCCUACCCAUAUGCAUUCACAGUGUCCUUUGUGGAGAGGACAAGGAGACACCGCUGGCGGUGUCGAGACGUUACCUUCUUCUGUCCAGAGGGAGCGCUGUGUCAGCUGUGGGUCCAGACCAUCAGGGAACAGCUAGCGCUACUGACAAACAGGCCUAAGCAUUUGCUGGUGUACAUCAAUCCCUAUGGAGGUAAACAGCAAGCCAAGCGCAUCUACGAACAAGAAGUAGCCCCUCUAUUUGCCAGAGCCUCCAUCUCCACUCAUAUCAUUGUUACAGAAUAUGCCAAUCACGCCAGGAAUCAUCUGGGGACAGAGGCAGAGUUGAAGAAAUAUGAUGGGGUGGUGUGCGUGGGUGGAGACGGGAUGUUCAGCGAGUUGGUUCACGGGCUGAUCUCGCGGACGCAGAAGGACAGCAACGUGGACCAGAACUGCCCCGAGGAAAGCCUCACACCAUGCUCUCUCCGCAUCGGAAUCAUCCCUGCAGGUUCAACCGACUGCAUCUGCUAUGCAACUGUAGGAGCCAACGACCCUGUGACCUCCGCCCUGCACAUCAUAGUGGGAGACUCCCAGCCAAUGGACGUGUGCUCAGUCCACCAUAACAACACAUUCCUGAGGUACUCCGUCUCUCUGCUCGGAUACGGUUUCUACGGCGACGUGCUGACUGACAGCGAGAGAAAGCGCUGGAUGGGACCAGCCAGAUACGACAUUUCAGGUUUUAAGACGUUCCUGACCCACCAUAACUACGAAGGGACGGUGUCGUUCCUACCGGCAACCGACAUCCUGGGCACGCCGAGGGACCAGGCCAGGUGUAGAGCUGGGUGUUUCAUAUGCCAGCACAACGGACAGUUGUGUUCAGAUGAAACGCUGGAGAAAUGCAAGAUGGGGCAAGAGGUUUCAGACAGCGAGUGUAAUGGUGAGUGGCAAACCAUCCGGGGGAAGUUCCUGGCCAUCAACGCAGCCAGCAUGAGCUGCGCUUGCCCUCGCAGCCCCAACGGCCUGUCCCCCGCCGCCCACCUGUCCGACGGCACCACCGACCUCAUCCUGGUCCGCAAGUGCUCCCGCUUCGACUUCCUGCGUCACUUGCUGCGUCACACCAGCAAAGAUGACCAGUUUGACCUGGGCUUCGUGGAGGUGCACCGCGUCCGUCGUUUCCGCUUCACGCCGCGUCACUGCCAGAGCGACUCGGAGCUGGACCUGAGAGAACCUGGGAAGCGCCUCUUCAGCCAGAUCUGCCGAGACCACCCGUCCUGCAGCUGCCGACCCUCCUACAGCAGCUGGAACUGCGAUGGCGAGAUCCUGCCUCACGCGGCCAUAGACGUUGGAGUGCACUGCCAGUUGAUCAAGCUGUUUGCACGUGGGAUUGAGGAGACGCCCGUUUUCGAAGACUCCACCCUCCCAAAUGCAAUAUAGACUCACUCUCGCCCCGGCCCGUCAACCCCACUGGAACGGUCCUACUGCAUUUCAAAAAGGUCAAAGAUCACAGCCGUGGCUGUGCACCGCUACGUGUACACCAUAUCCCAUGAUGCUAUUAUGCAUCUGAAGUGCACACUGGUCUGGCCAGGAAAAGACCCUGUUUUCUCUGUGGACGGUGAAAACGAAAAGGGGCGCACAGUAGUUUUUCCUGGUUGAGUCACAGAGAGGAAAAAUCUUUCUUAUCUUGUUCUUCAGCCUACAGUACAUGUAGAGUGGUGACAUUAGUUUCUGUUGUUUGUGCUUUAUGCUUGGCCAUCAUGUUCCACACAUUCACAGGUUUGUCAUCUGGUGUCUGGUAAACCUCUUUAAAUACCACCUUAACCCCUUCAGUAUAUUUACCAUCAUUUGUUUUAAAUAAUUGGCUCAUUUAAGAAAUGUUGUGGAAAUUCGACUUAAACCACUUUUUAGUGGUUCACAAAUUCACAAAUAGUAAAAUGUAGUCAUUUUGGGAGGGACUAAUGUAAGGGGUUUAUUUGCCAUUCAAAUGCUUUGAAAUGUGUCAAUUUCCUUUUUUCUAAUCGGACAAACCUAUCGUUCUUCUAUAUCCUUAAAAAAUAUGUUUUACUUGCAUGUGUGGUGCUAAUAUUCAGUAAGUGUUACAAGAAUAGCUACUUAGAAUUAACAUUUAUCAAUGACAUUUUGAAUGUUGCACUUUUGUAAAAAAAAAUAUUAUUUAUUAGUACUAGUAUUAUAACAGUUGAGAAAUGUUUGAGUUAAAAUAAAUCUCCCGGUCUCUGAAAGGAUUUGACAGUUUAAACGAGCAUUUUGCCAUGAAUUUGAAUUGACCUGUUUGGUCAAAGUAUACCAGACACCAGACAUCCUAACCUCAUCGUGCGACAUUUACAUAUCCAUUGCACAAAUCUGUGUUUUGUGAUGGCCAUAUUAUGAAAGUGUACAUGCACACCUCAUGGGUUGGUGAGCUUGCCGAGGGUUUUUUUUUUUCAGAACCGCCCGAGUUUAAGGCGUACUGAAAACAUUACAAUGUAGCUUAUGCUACUGUAUCUUAGUGAUGGAGUAGCAUUAGCAGCAGCAAGGUCUUUCAGCCAGCCUACCUUUGCUGUGCUAAGAUUUUGUUAUUUUCUGUGAUGCCAUUCCAGGUUAAAAUGUAUUUCUCUGAAGCAGCUUUCAGACGAAGAAAAAAAAAAAAGGCAUUCGUCUGUUGCACUACACCGGUGCUGCUUGCACCUGUUUCCAAUCCAAACCCAUAAUUUUCUUGCCCCUUUCCGCUGUUAAGCCAGUUUUACAGUUGAGAAGGGAAAUGUGAGCAAAUCACGGAUGUUGAAUAACAAGUAGAGGAUCCUGUAGCAACUGAAAUGUGAACCGUGCAAGGUUCUACAGCUCUGCCCAAAUAUUUCUCUGCUCUGCUGAGUAGUGGUGUAUCUUUGUGUUGACCUCGUCAUUUAUUUAACCGCAACUAAAUACUGUAGCUAAAAGCAGAAAUUAUUUUAAGAAGCAUACUAAAAUGAGGUAUAUAGGCCUAGGUAGUCGUUGAGUAUCUGCUGUCAACCGUUUCCUUUGUAUAAUAUUUUGAAGUUUAGCUUAAGGUAUACUGUAGAUUGCUAACAGGAAGUUUUACUUGUAAUCUUUUAGCAAGCUAAUGUUAGCUAGGUCAUAAUUAGUAGCUCAUUCAAAGGCUUCCAUGUGUAUGGAAGUAGAAAAAGCAAGUUACCAAAACCUCCAUGUCUUCAGUUUGUCAACUGUCUGCUAGCGUGAUAGCUUCUCCAUGUCACUAUCAUGAACGUUCUCAAUCUGUAGCAAACUUAAUGUAGCAGGAUAAGACUAAUACUGUAGGGAGAUUACAAUAAUUUGUCAUUCUUUGAGAAUUACUCCACUGAGUAAAUGAUUAGCAUUGUUAGCGUUGGCAUUAGUUUCUGACUAACAAGAAUCUUUGUCAGUAGACCUGGUCCAUCACUGUAAUAGAUUUUAGCAGGUUCUCAAUACAACUUCAGUUGUGGCUUUGACCGAGGGAUUUGGUGUGUAGUAUCACAUUCGUGGUUCUGAUCACGGCGAUCGGGUGAAAUGCCAAGAAAAUGCUGCAGUCUAGCCUUCCUUCAAAAACCCAAGGGAUUAUUUGUCAGGGGACUUGAGACAUCCUUGCUCAGAAAAUGAAUUGUGAUUGCUCGUGUUGUUUCGGAGUAAACAACACUAUUGUCAGUUCAAUCUUUUGUUUCAAUCUGUGACAAUUUCCUCUGAGGACACCUGUCUUUGUUUUCUGUUCGAUUGUUCUGUCUAAACAUCCUAAAUAUUUGACUGGAUAUUGCUGGUGUUAUCCAAGCUGUUAAAAUGAAGGAUUUACUGCAACACUUCAGUUCAUACAGUCUGAGUUACUUUCAGAUACUUUGACCAGAGGAUGAAGGUCCAAAAGAUUCUGUAGCCAUUUAUAACAAGCAUGGAAAAGAUGACAAUGUUUAAAUUUCUGUCAAAUGUUUCACUUUCGUAUUCAUUUCCUGAAGUGAUUAGAAUUGGAAUAGUGAAAAGGUCCUUGCUCAUUUCACAUUGGUUAUGAUUUUAGGCUGGGUUAAGGUUACUAUCCCUUGGUGUUUUUUGUGUAAAAAAAAUGAUGUACAGAAUGCAAGGGUGACAUACUGGAUUGUUUACGGUUUCAGAACCAGCCAUGUUUGCUAUGAGUCUUUUUAAAGUUAGCAUUUGUCUGGUUCCAUGCAGUUCUGAAGAGGGACGGCCUUGGGCAAAUGGUAAACAGAAAAGGCCACUGAGGACCCACUAAAUUCCUUGCCAGAGGGGCGUAUUGACCAGCUCGUCGGAGCAUGGGCUGUGUGGACGAGCUGUCCACCGGCCAGUAAUCAAGCAGAUGGCCACUCCAGACAUUCCCCAGAUCCUUCAGCUAGGCAGAAUUACGUCCAAUUUAUCUGUUGAUGCUGCCUCAUGCCCCUCACCUUUGGACCUCUGUAGUCAUUUUCAACCCCCCCCUCUCUCUCCCUCACACACACACACACCCUCCCAGGGUAAAUUCCUGAAGCUGUAGGUGGCUUCUAGUUAUGAAAACCUGUGCACAUUAAAUUAUGUGAGAGACCAAGGGUUGCUGAUGGUAGCAAAGCUACACGACUGUGUGUGUGUUUUGGGAAAAAGAUAUGAUGAAAAAAACAAGUGUGUUAAGGGCCAUUAUUCCUGGAGGACGCAUGGGGUCCAA